GCACCGCAGGCCUGAGGGAGUGCCACCUAUCCGCGCGCGGGAAGGAGGGGGCGACCCCAAAUUUGGAAACCGCACCGCACGGCCCCACCAAAGUUACCACCUACCAAACGAGGUUUCGUCUAUUUCUUCCUUCCCUCCACUCCGCCCCCUCGUCCCGCGACCGUCCGCACGCGUCUCCUCCCAUGGAGUCAUCCGCCGCGGGGGGCGACCCCCCUCCCCGACCCUCGGUGUCCGGCCGGGCCUCGCCUCCUCCUCCGACGCCUCCUCCGAGGGGGUGGCUCGCGGGCCUCGUCUCCGGUGCCGGCCGGAUCCUCGCCGCGGUGCUCGGGCCUGAUUCGUCCUCCCGCUCCGGCUCCACCGCCACCGAUGCCGCGUCGGACGGGUACUCGCCGCCCGCCUCGUGCUCCCCGACCUCGUCCCGGCCUCCUGACCCCCGUGGCGAGGGUUACAAUGCAGAUCUUGGUGAUUCCCCACUCUUUCCCCUGGAAAAUAAUCAGUUAAACCAGGGUGAAAAGGAGACUGUACUGAAAGACUAUGCUGGGUCCCUAGCAAUUGUCUCAGAGAUUGAGCCAAAGGAUGCCAUAAUGCAAUUGCUUGUGCAGGAGACUUAUUCAAGGUCUGAGUGCCGCAAGUUUAUAAAGAUAAUUCAAGAGCGGGUUUUGGACUCAGAUUCAGGUGAUGUUGAUGCUGGUGGGCUUGCUCUUCUUAGUGCUCGGAAGGCUGGCAGACAAGCAGUUGAUGGGUAUUCUUCGUUUAGCCCAAAUGAAUCCUCACCUGCAACUUCAAGUCUUCCAAUUGAUGGCCAUGGUUUUGAUAACAGCGCUGCUGCGGGUACAAUUCCAAAAUUGACUCCCACCGACCAAGGCCCUUACACCCACAAUGCUGACAACAUUCAGCCUAUUCUCAAAAGAAAUUACUCAGUUAGAGAGGAUGCUUAUGAGGAGGUUCGAAGAGUCAGGCCAAAGAUCAAUGGAAAUCCAUUGAACAUUUCCAAAUUCAACCAAGUUGACAUUAUUCAAAAUCAUCCAGCUGCAGAUUCACUUGAAGGGCUCGCUGCCAAGAAUCCGAACGCUUCCAGAGAUGAAAAUAAACUAUUACCAGAUAUUCUUGGAGCUAAUAAUUUAACAUAUCCUAACAUUAUUUCAAAAGUCGGAAGUGCUGAUGAAAUAUUUGAUGUCCCCAAUAAACCUUCAACUGUAACUCCACAGCCAUUUGAUUCCAGUUCCUCACAAGCUAGUAGAGACCAAAAAAACUAUGGCACUACAAUACUUAAUCGGUGCUCUAGUCAGGCACUGGAUCUGAAGAAAGGCUUUCCUUUGAAGGUGGAGCCUUUGAAUGAUUUUAUUCCUUUCGAGCAGCAGAUGGACAUAUCACACCAGAAGCAAGAGCAUGCUGUCUGUGACGAUUCAUGCUCUCUCUCGAAAUUAAUGUUAAAGGAGGAUAUUGAGGCUGCAUCCAGCCUGCAGAUGGGUGCUCAACUACAAAAUGGUUCCAAGAACCGCAGAAGAAGGCAAUCCAACUUGCAAAAGACUACACCAACUCCAACAAGGUCACCUACGAAAGGCCCACGUCGAAAGAACAACAGCAUCAUAGUCAAAUCAGAGAUCGACUUGCUAGAGCAGAGCAAGCUGGUAUUGACGGAGCAAGAACCAGAGUUAAGCGACAUUCCGGUGAAGAGACCUGUUGGGAGGCCAAGGAAGGCGAGGUAAUUUCAAUGUCCUUGGUUGUAACUAUGGUCUACUUGUGUAAACUAGGAAUGAGCCUAGCUCAGUUCAUCAGAGCACCCCCGCUGCAUAGGUUUGAGUUCCAUUCGGCUUGAAUUUGGGUGCCUUUCUCAGUUUCUUUUUACUUGUGUACAGUGUAAGCUACCAACCUUAACUUAUGGGACUUCUGAAGAACCUGGGAAGUCUCAGUACAACUAGAGAAUUUCAGUAUUUAUAUUUAUGUUCAUUUGUUUUUU